CUAUCUCUCUCUCACUCACUCUCUCCCUCAUCCGGGGCUCACGCAGUACUUGUUCCUUUCUCCUCCCUUCAUUCCGUUUGCAAGAAAGAGAAGACUGAAAGAAGUCCGGUCUGUUAACUAUUUCUUUCCAUGCUACACAAUGCAAGAAGCCGGAGGAGGCAUCACUAGCAGCAGUAAGACCCCCAGCAACAACGGCAAAGAGGAAGGUGGAGGAAUGGCGCUGAAGAAAGGCCCAUGGAUGGCCGAGGAGGACGAGAUUUUAAUAGAGUACGUCCGAAAGCACGGCCCCCGUGACUGGAGCUCCAUUCGAUCCAAAGGCCUCCUUCCCCGCUCCGGCAAGUCCUGCCGCCUCCGCUGGGUCAACAAACUCAAGCCCGACUUGAAAACUGGGUGCAAGUUUUCUCCCGAGGAAGAGCGGAUUGUGAUCGAUUUGCAGGCGCGAUUUGGGAACAAGUGGGCGAGAAUCGCAACGUAUCUGCCGGGAAGGACGGACAAUGAUGUGAAGAAUUUCUGGAGCACCAGGCAGAAGAGACUCGCGAGGAUCCUCAGGACACCCCUGCCGUCCAGAUCCAAUAAGAACCAUGGGAAGAUGCCUGUCCCUUCUCAUCAACUGCCCAAUUUGGAGGAUCCCUCUCUGGAUCGAAUUUUAUUUGAGGGAGAUGGCCAAUGCAGCCAGGAGGCCUCAAAGAUGACUCAAAUGCGGGAUAUAUUGAGCCCGGUACCGCUCGACCUUCACACGGCCCUUCCCCUGCUUGAACUCGAACUAGCCAUGGAGAAAGAGCCGUGCCUGUCGGACACGGCACCGCCGUCGCAACCGCCCUUCGACCACCUCCCGCACCCGCUCGUCGGCCUCCCAGUCCUGCCGGAGGAUGCCCCGGGACUCUCGCCGGGCUUCGGGGAUGCGAGCUUCCCGGAAGAACUUGCUUGCCCGGAGCCACCACCUGAAGGGCUACCGUUCUUGGGCCUGGAUGCUGGGCACGAUGGCAUCGAGAGGGUGGACGAGCAUCCAGGGGACUUCUUUGACGACUUACCAGCGGACAUGUUCGACUACCUGGAGCCGCCGACACCGCCGCCGCCGCCGCCCCCGGCUUCAUCUACAUCAUGGUAGCGUUAUCCAUUUGGGGCGGGGGAGAAUGAGAAGUUCGACCCAAUUAGAUUUGAUCGUACUGUUGUAUUCCUUUGGAACUGGGAUUUGAACUCGAUCCCUGGUUUCCUGUAUUGAUUCUUUUUUCCGACA